UCCAACACGCGAUGUUCGUCACAGUUUAGGGAUGCAAAGGUGUGGAAUUUAUUGUUCCAUGUGUGGUUCCAAAACCGUCGUUGUGUGUUGAAGAAUGGAAUGUGAAAAAGUGAGCCUUCCCCCCUCCCAGUUGCCUGAAGCAUAACACUUCCUAAUGAUUGAAGGGCGUGAAUAAUAAAUUACAGGUGAAUGCAUCCAAGGAAAGCAUUUUUGUUUUGCGCAUAAAAUCCAGUUGUGCUCUAACAGUAAAUCGUGAUAAAAAUUUAACCUCGUUUCCCAACUGUGUGUGUGUGUGCUUAUGUUUGUUUGUGUGAGUGCGUAGAUUGGGCAGGUAGUGUAAUUAAAUUAUCGAGCGAGAUUAAUGAUCUCCCAGCAGUAGUAGUUGCAGAAGAAGAAACGAAGGAAAAAGGGCGCUUCAGUUUGGCAUGGGAAAGGUGAAACAGUUCUUUUUAAAAUCUGGCUUGAGUGGUACCGUUAGCAACAUAACUCAACCAAAGCCAUCUAUUUGUCGAUUGUUUGUGGUUUUUUUUUUUGACGAAAGAAAAAAAAACACGAAGCAAAAAGCUUUCCCUGAUCUCAAUGCGGAAAAGAGUCAUCAAAAGGCCACACAUAAACAUUGUGUCCGGGUCCCGAAAAAGGUAUGCUGAACGAUGGAAAAGAGGGAAAAGCUCUCACGGUAAAGAAAACCCAAUCUCCAAAUGGUAAGCUUGACUAAAGCCUUAGGCAAGAUAAUGCCAUACACGUACAUUCCUUCGCUGAUGUAAAGCGGUGAAAGAUGAAGAAGAGUUAAUGUUCCUGUCAAGCAUUGGAUGUAUAAUUUAUCUGCACCUGUAGAAUGGGAUGCGAAAAAAGUCCACCAAUAAACAACACUUGUGUCAAGUUCUUACAACAAAAUAUUGUGAUCAUGUGAUUCAACCCGGAAAAUAUUCCCUAACUAAGAUCUGCCAAAACUAAACGAAAACAAGUGAGACGAAUGUGUGUUUAUCCCCAUGUCUGAAUAAGCGUCCAGCACGUGUUUAAUGUGUGUGCGUGUGUGUGUAGGUAACGUGUGUUCCGUGUCCAAUGUGUUGUACGUGCGUCCAUAUGUGUAGCGUCCGGUAAACCACAUGUGCGGGUGGUAAAGCAGUAGAAGCAGUAGCAACGGCGACGAAUAUCAUCGUAACCGCAACAGCGGCCCACGGCAGCCGCUUCCAUCACACCCCGUGCACCGGCACUAGCGCCCCCGGUGGCGGGAGCCGCAAGCUGAGCUUCAACAUCGGCAAGAUGGAGCACUCCGAUUUAGUCGCGGAGAUGGCUCAGGUCGAGCAUCUCUCCACGCAGGACCGGCUGCAUCUCGCGCGCAUGCGCCGAGCACAGCAGCUAAAGGUUGCAAAACAGAAGGAAAAAGAAUGGCUAAAAGCGCAACGGAGCCGGGAUCGAAUGGGGACGCAAACGUCCUCAUACAAACGACACAUCACGUUCGAGGAUAGCGUCGUUCUAUUGGAGGCAGCGGCACGAAAUGACAUAGCAGAGGUGGCAAAAUUGCUCCAGAAGGGUGUCACACCGGAUGCAACGAACAUGGAUGGACUGACGGCACUGCAUCAGUGCUGCAUCGACGACAAUGCGGAAAUGUUGAACCUGCUCCUCGAUUACGGUGCGAACGUGAACGCACAGGACAGCGAACGGUGGACACCGCUGCAUGCGGCUGCUACCUGUGGACAUUUGAAUCUGGUAAAGAUAUUGAUAGCACGCGGCGCAAACCUGCUGGCGGUCAAUGCGGACGGUAACAUGCCGUACGACAUCUGCGACGACGAGGAAGCGCUCGAUUACAUUGAGGCGGAAAUGUCCAAGCGGGGCGUUACGCAGGAGCUGAUCGACGAGACGCGGGCGGCUACUGAAACGCAGAUGCUGCACGACCUGCAAGACAUUGCCCUGCAGGGUGGCGAUUUAGAAAUACCGGAUCCACAGGGUGCAACGCCGCUUCACGUAGCAUCCGCCAACGGGUACACACGGGUCGUCGAGUUCCUACUGGAGCAUCACACAUCGACCGAUGCUGUCGAUAACGAUCUCUGGACACCGGUUCAUGCUGCAGCCUGUUGGGGUCACCUAGAAGUCCUUGAAAUGCUUGCCCAAAGUGGAGCCGAUUUGAAUGCCAAAAAUAAGAACGACGAAACACCUUCCGAUAUUUGUGAAGAUCCAGAAAUACGAGAACGAAUAGAGCAGCUAAAGACGGAACAGGAGAGCAAACGGUUAGCUGAAGCGCAACGCAAACGUGUCCGGCGGUCGCAGAGCAACAACACGAGGGCACAAUCCGUGAGACGAACAUCACUGCGCGAUAAGGGCCUAACGACCAAAAAGGAUGCUGUAGAGGAGGCUCGCUUCCGACUACAAGCGCAAGAGGGAUACACAACGCCGGACGGUGUGGCAGCGGCAGCGGCCACAGCAACGACGAUCGCAACGGCAGCCGCGACAGCAAACGGUGACAAUAACAAUCAGUCAUCGUCCACCGCCUCGGUUUCAUCCUCCUCCGUGCGCACUAACGCAUCCUCCCCGCAUGCCAACUCCUCCUCCACCUCCACCACUACCACCACCACAAGCACGUCCAAUCAUACGAACAGCACGACCACAAGCAGCAGCAGCAGCAGCACCACCACCACCAUCAUCAGUAAUGGCAGUAGCAAUAACAAUAACCUUCCCCAUCAUCUGCAUCAUCAUCACAAUGGCAACAGCAACGGUACCACGCCCGCCCAUCUGAACAGUGUAAAUAACAACAGUCUCCCGAACGGCACCAACGGUGGACCGAUCAUGAACGGUGGCGGCGGUGGUGGAGGGUUGAGCAACAAUGUGCGACACAUGAACAGCAUCAACAACAACCAAAGCAGUCUGCAACGUCACCAGCAGCAGCAGCAGCAGCAGCGUGGCAAGAACACGGGCUCACCGAUCGGUGGUGGAUCGCCCACGCUCAAUCAGUACGAUCGGCGUUCGCCGGACGGUAAGGAUAACGAUGAGACGUACCUGAUCGAGUCGAAGGGAUCGGUAGGGUCGGCGGGUAUGAACCCGCACACACCCGGUACUGGUGGUGGUGUUGGUCUAGUCAGCAAUAAUCAUAAUAGCAAUGGUGGUAUGGGAGGUCAUCAUCAUCUGCACCAUCACGGUUCGGUUAACAUUCCAGCGAACGGGAGCGGUGCCCUGUCGGCGGCCACGGUUACCGGCGGUAGCGGCGGGGGUACUGCGGCCGCCGUUGCAGCGACCACCACCGCCGCCGAGGUGUACUCCACGUCCAACAGCGAGAACGGCAAGAUCAACGUCCAGGUGACGGUCCUAGUCGAUCCCUCUGUCGCAGGAACGCUGGCCGAUCUGAAGAAGCACCGGUCACAGAAUCGCUCCAGCGUCAGCCCGGAAAAUGGUUCCCUGCUCAGCGGUACGGCCCCGAGCCUUGCGGGCAGCAUCGGCAAUGGUGGCGGUUCGACGACCCCGAACGGCGCUAGUUCCGGUACGCCCCUGGAACUGUCGCUCGUAUCGAACGAGCUGCAGCAUCAUCACCAUCACCAUCUGCAUCAUCCACAGCAUGCGUCGCCACAUCUCAACAAUCGGCACCAGCAGCAACAUUACGGUGAUGGCGGUGCUAUCGGUACCGGAAACGGAUCCCUGCACGGUUCGGUGGCGGCGAUCGGGGAAAGUGAGGUCGGCACACCGGGCGGUACGCUGUCGAAGUUUAGCGGCAAUACCAGUGAUGUCGUGAGUGACAGCACACGAUCCAGACGUUGCUGUGUGGUGAUGUAAAGGGGAAAGUAAGGUCCCCGGAAAGAGUAUUCGCUCAUACAAACACACACCGAACUGUAUCAUUCGUAGCGAAACAGAAAGCAGCACGUCGAAGCUUUCCUCAUCGCCGUUAAAAUGCCGUGUCUCCACAAAACUUCCAGCGAACAUUCAAAAUGCUGUCACGCGAAUGUACGAGUAGCGCUAGCGCCAUCUAUCAAGCAAUAGUGUAAGCUACUGCACAUACACACAGCGUGCUGUGAGUUGGCGUGCGUCAGGGGAUGGUUUGCUGUCAGAUGAUGGUUCAGAACUAUGAUAGCAUAAAAGUAAAAGGGAGGAAAGAAAAAGAUCAACGUCUACCGACAUAGGUAUAUUCUAUUUUGCACUUAAAACCGACUGAGAUUGAAAGCAAUGCAGCAGUACUUACAUCACUGAACGAUUACAGAACAAAGAUCGUACAAGCAGCAAACGUUUUUUUGUAUGAACUAAACAUAAACUUACAUCCUACUCGUAAAAUUCUAAAAAAAAAAGAGAAAGACAGAGAUUCAUUGAAAGUGAAUAUAAAACCAAAUGGAAAAAAACAAAAGAAAGCAAACUAAUCCCUUUCAAGGGUUAACUAAUCAAAAGGUACUUAUUCGCGAAUGUUAAGACGCGGCAACCGCCAACAAGGGGUGGUAUCAAACAUGUGAAAUGUAAACGAAAGAACUGAACAGAAGCACAUAGCUAGGGGAAAGGAUUGAAUGAGUUUAGCAGCAGGAGAUGGAAACCACACAAAGCGUAAUGGAAAGAAUUUGAAACGAAGCUGGUAAAUAGACAAACGCUGUCACGCGCUACGCAAACGUUUCAAUUGUGAUGGUCCGUUGGUGGCCCACAUUACUGACCCCGGGGAACUGCACCCGUGGUUGUACAUAGGUUUAUUGUUAUUUACAUUAUUACUACGAUAGUAAUUAUUAUUAUUAUUGCUACGGCAAACUGCAACUUCUAUUUUUUUCCCCAUGUACAUCUUAAUCCGUUGGCCACACAACUUAAGCCAAGUGUUGGAAGUGUUGGUAGAGAAAGUGAAAAUGAAACGAAUAAGUAAAAAAAACGGGGCUAUUUUGCUCCUCCCAGUGUGUAAGGGUACGCGAUUGACGCGAUUAAACUGUUUUCGGCGCCACAUUCAUCACAUAUUUAAUUAUCACCUUUGUUUUUGUCACAUAUUUUGUUUUCGUUUGUGUUUAGUAAUUGUUUUUGGUUUUUGAGUAAAAAAAAAAGAACGAUACGUUUCUCACCCACAGCAUCGUCCCAUUAUCCUUAUCAUCCGAUUCGACAAGACAGCAGCAUCACAAAUUCAAUUAGUCACACCGUACGCAUCAAAGAAAAAGGGAAAACCAAACUAUAAACAAUUUAACAUUGUGUGAUUUGUAGUAAGCCGAAUACAUACGCUAAUGAUCAGCAGUGUGUACACGUAUUAGACAGCCACUGAGAGAGAUUCCUUCCUACAGCGAAACACACGUAAAUCAUGCGUAAGCGCGUAUGUGAGAUGUAUUCAUAUAUACAUUAUAAAUAGCUAGCGUUUAGUGUCGACCGGUCGACGAACGCUGAUCGCCGAUCGCCGAACGCCGACCGGUCGUGAACGUGUUCGAAAAUUAAAAGCAAUGUGAAAACCAAGCAAAAACAAAACAGAGCCAACGAGAGAAGAAAAUAUAUUCUAUGUUGAGAAAUGACAAAA